GGUGAAGAAAAUGAACCAUGACUGUUAUUACAAUAAGCAAAUAUGUAUCGUUAUAUGUUCUGUAAAACAGUAAUUAAAUGCAGGGCGGAAGUAGCAGUCUACACUGAGAUUGAGUUUUUAAAAAGUGUACUUAAAUAAUUUGACGGACAUUUUGGAAAAAAAAGGAAUAAUCAAACCAAAAUGGGACUGCUAACGUUCGCCGGGAGAAUUAUUCUGGUCGUUCUCAACAUAUUCUUCCUGAUUGCCGCCCUUGCUUUGAUUGUUGUUGGAUUCAUCAUCAAGUUUGCAAAUCAGUACGUCCAGCCGCUGGUCCAAGAUGCUCUGACCCUGAUCGAAAGCAAAACAAAAACACUGUACGACUCUUCAUACAGCCUUGGCAAUUUUGAGUAUACGGAAGUGUUGAAUGACCUAGCCAUUGCAAUGAUUGUGGCGGGAGUGGUACUGGGCGCGGUUGCCUUAGUGGGCUGCAUUGGUGCAUGCUGCAACCUUACGACCCUGGCUUUGGUGUACGCUAUUGUUCUUAUCGCUAUAUUUCUGGCACAAGUGACGCUCAUCAUUCUUGUAUAUGCUGUUCCCGGAAAGGUCCUAAAGAAAUACAUAAAUGAGCAGCUUGUGACCACUUUAGACGGCUACCAAGGUUUGAAAGCAACAGAUACCAAGUCCAUUGGAUGGAACUAUGCAAUGCAACAGUUUGACUGCUGUGGUGCCAAUGAUUACACCGAUUUUACUUCGCGUACAACGUGGAAGGCAUACGACGAAACUAACGGAAUAACAGACCUCAUCACACCAGUGGCGUGCUGCAAGACCCUUCCAGAGGAUAGCACCGCGGCGGCAAAAUGCGCUGGAAAGAACUCUGAUACAAAUUAUGAUUCAACAAGUGAAAUUCAAAGUGAAUCCAACUUGUUUACGGGCUGCACAGAUGGAAUAUGGGACUCUGUCAUCAAUGAAAACAAUGCAAGAUUCAUUCCAGUAAUCGUGGUCGUUCUGAUAUGUCAGCUUGUCUUGAUCAUCUUCGCUAUCCUGAUCUUCAAAAACAGGGGCAUCACGGGUGGGCUUGUGUAACACAGUUCACAGAUCAAAUGAAAUAAGCUGAUGUUUAAAGUGACACUCCUAUUCAAAAUCAAUCAUAAACAUGUACAAACAUCAAUUUUGACUGAUAAACCGGAAAAUAUCAAUUACUGAUGACAAGAUUGCAACCGUGUUUAUAAUAGCAGAAAGAGCAAAAAAUAUUAAAUGAUUGGUGAAUGCUAAAAGAUUUACUGUGGUCGACUAUAGUCUCAUAAGGUUAAAAUACCGUGUUUUAUGCUCAUUUCUUUCAAAUUGAACUCAGUAUCCUUCAUACGAACCAUUGUUUUCGAUAUUUAUUCAUACCUUUUUGAAUAUUAAAACAAUAUUAUUACAUGUUGUAAAUCUUAUUUGGGAAUAAGAAUGCAUCUUUAAUGUUGAAUACAUUGUUAACAUAUUUGUUUUGACUUUCUGCCAAUCAAUGUUUAUUGGUUUAUGGACGGUUUAUGUCCUGAUCGAACAUUUCAUACGUGUUUUGUUGUGUUUGCGCCAUUUUGUUACAUAUAUUGUUGAUGUUAAAACCUGUUGUUUAGUAGGAAUAUGUUUUGCUAUAAGUCCAACUCUAAAUAUGUUUAGCUACAAUGAAGCCAUUGUAAUUGAAAACAUUAUUUUUGUUAAACAUUGAAAACUUUUCAUUUGUUUUCAUUUCUAAUUAUCUUCAUGAAAUAAACGGAUACUAUGGUUUCUCAAUUUGA